AUGGACUUUGGUGGUGCUGCUGCGACUGGUAGUAAUGCGACGUCUCCGCGUGUGAACAAGAAGACUAUGAAGGCCUAUAUAGGCCACACAGUCGCUCUCGUUGGUGCUGUAGAGAGCCACUCGCCCACUGCCGUCGUCCUACGCACUUCUGACGGGGAUAUUGUCAACGUUACACCACAGCCAGGCAGUGACUAUGGUAGCAAAGUUGUGGAAGUGAUUGGGCGAGUUGUGGACACGGAGACGAUUCAGGAGUUUAAGACGACGCUCUGUGGGGACAACUUUGACCUGGACGUAUAUGAUCAGUUUGUGCAGCUCUCACAGACCAAGUACAAGCAUUUAUUUGUGUAG